AUGGCCGAUCUGGAUUUUUGGCAAAGCAUUUUGGAGUACUGCAGCGAUUCAGAAUCUACAAUUCCUCUCGAGCAGGAUGUCAGGAGUUCGGAUUUGUUUGAUAUUCCCCCCCUCUCGGGAGACUUUUGCACGGUGGAUAAAGAACAUGGAGUCGAAUGGGACAUCUCUAAUUGGAGUGUCGAAUUGGAAUCCUCCAUUCCUGCCAUUUCAUUGCCAAUGGAGGUAGCUGAUACCAAUCCAGUUUUUCCUUCAACUAAUUUGGCAGACGUAUCGUUGAGUAAGAAUCCGAUAGAGUCAUCGGCUUCAAUGUGUGCUGUGGAUGAAAGAGACAAGGAAAUUAAGGGACAAAAAAACGAUACUUAUCAUCAAAGAGGUUCAUCUUCGAUGAGUAGAAUAACAGAUAUUACCAUGAAUGAGCUCUCACAUUAUUUUAACAUGCCGAUAGCUCAAGCGGCCAAAGAAUUGAACGUUGGACUCACAGUCCUUAAGAAAAAAUGUAGAGGAUUUGGGAUCCCACGAUGGCCUCACAGAAAGAUGAAAAGCCUGGAAUGCCUCAUACAUAAUAUUCAGGAGCAAAAGAGGCUGAUGGAAGAAAUGCCAGGAAUAGAAAUUCCAGAGAGAACGAAAUGUCUGCGUCAAGCAUGUUUCAAAGCCAGUUAUAAGAAACGCAGACGGAUGGCAAUUGAGGCGCCAAAGCCUGAUCCGCUAACUCUUUAG